AUGACGAUCGAUAAGAGUUGGAUUCGGGAACACCGAACGUCCCCAAAAUUCUUGGAAGGUCUUAAAAACUUUAUGGAGAUUGCUAUGAAACAUGUUGACUCUGAAGACAAAGUGCAUUGUCCGUGCGUAAGGUGUGUGAAUAUGUAUCGACAGUUGUCGAGUACGGUUUAUGCCCAUAUACAUGACCGUGGGUUUCUAAAAUCGUAUACUAUAUGGAUUUAUCACAGUGAGAAGCAUUCUGUUUCGGAUUUGGGCUACAAUUCGACUCCAAUAAACAUUCCAACAAAUAAUGAAAUGUUUGAUGUAAUUGAUGAUGUUAUGGCGGAACAAAAUACAAAUGAAGAAAAUACAGAUGAUGAAGGACAAGGCAUGGACCCAGAAUUUAAUGCUUUAUUUGAGCAACUCAAUACCAAGUUACACCCUGAUUGUGAGAUGUCUUCUUUAAACUUUUUGGCAAAGUUGUUGCAUAUUAAAGUGAUCAAUAAAUGGACAAAUAGUUCAUUUGACCAACUUUUAGAGUUGCUAGGAGUUGCUUUCCCGAAGAGCAAGAUUCAAACUUCACACUAUGAAGCUAAGAAAAAUUUGAGAAAGAUAGGGUUAGGAUAUGAGUCCAUCCAUGCUUGCAAAUAUGACUGUGCUUUGUUUUGGAAGGAGAAUGCUUCCAUGCAGAAUUGCCCGAUUUGUAACGAGAGUAGAUGGGUGGACACAACCACAAAGGGGAAGCGAGUACCACAAAAAGUGUUGCGGUACUUUCCUUUGACUCCAAGACUUCGACGGAUGUAUAGUUCCAGAUUCACAGCUAAAGAUAUGAUUUGGCAUAAUACUGGAAGAUCAACGAAUGGUAUAAUGUAUCAUCCGGUAGAUGGGAAGUCAUGGCAAGAAUUUGAUAAGAGAUAUCCAGAGUUUGCCAAAGAACCUAGAAAUGUUCGUCUAGGUUUAGCUGCUGAUGGCUUUAAUCCAUUCGGCAACUUUAAUAACAAUUAUAGUAUUUGGCCGGCUAUAUUGACUACCUACAAUACACCACCAUGGAUAUGUAUGAAAGAGUCUUCUUUCAUGCUAACUUUGCUAAUUCCUGGUUCUAGAUCACCCGCAAAGGACAUUGAUGUUUACUUGAGGCCUUUGGUGGAUGAGUUGAAAAUGUUGUGGUUUGAAGGAGUCCAAAUGAGAGAUGCAUCAACCAACACUGUAUUUAAUAUGCGUGCGAUGUUGUUAUGGACUAUCAAUGAUUUCCCAGCACGUAGUAGUCUGUCUGGAUAG